UACCUCACGCGCCCUGCUUCGGAUAACCCGAUGGCUAAAAAGGCAAGUUUUGGAGCUAACCCUCUGCGCCUGCCGUAAAGGUAUAAGCAACGAAUUGUAACGAAGUACUGUUAUUGUAUGGAACAAGAAGAAAAGUAGAGCUCAAAAUGACCGAAGAAGGGACUCGGACAUGCGCUAAUUGCAAGUUGAAGAUAGCACCGCAAAAUUAUAUGAUGCAUACACUGCAUUGUGUACGGCAUUUGCAAUUGUGUACAAGCUGUGGAGACCCUUAUCCCAAAGACGAAAUAGAUGACCACAUUAUCGCAGAACAUGGAACUGAAAAAUGUGAAGCAUGUGGAGAAGAUGUGGAAAAAGGAUUCAUGCAAAAUCACAUGCAAACCGAUUGUUUCAAACGUCUGAUUGCCUGCCCUUACUGUGAGUUAGAACUGCCUUCUUGUGACAUGACCAAGCACACAGAUUACUGCGGCACUCGCACAGAAAAAUGUGAAGAUUGCGAAGAAUUUGUGCUGCUGAAAUACAAAGAGUUACACUUGGAAUCAAACCACACAUUUUUAAAGUUGGAUGAUGAACCAGGGCCACGACCAUCUUGGAAACAAACUAUGGCUACUGCUUCAAGUACUGGGAAUAGUGAAACGAUGACACUGUUACCUUGUGAAUUCUGUAACGGAAUGUUCACACCGCAAGAGUUGAACCGACAUGCAGUGUCAUGCAUGCGUGGCUGGCAGACGACUGUUCCCAUACUUCGAAGAAUUUCUACUGUCCGAUGUAGCAGUUGUGGUAAAUCUAUUGCUGCGAAAGAAUACCAGGCUCAUCAAAUUGGGUGUGUUUUAUUAGAUUCUCCAGCUCAGUUGGAUUGCGAUGGCACUGACACAAUUCCGUGCGAAUUAUGUAACGAAGGCAUUCCCUUCGAAGGAUAUAUGGAGCAUUACAACGACUGCGCAAAGUAUGCCUUCACUACUGUAUGGAAUAAUAAAGUUCCAAGGAAUCGAGGUAGGAAAAACUCCAUUAUUCCUUGUGAUGUUUGCAACCGACCAAUUACUUUUGAAAAAUAUCAAGAACAUUGUAAUUUGUGCACACUGCCAAAAUCUAGUCGUGAUACAAGACCUAAUCAUUACGUGGGUAAUAACUCUGAAUCCAAAUUACCUUGUGAAUUUUGUGACGAGUCAUUUGCCCCUGAUAACUUGGCAGUGCAUCAAAUAUACUGUGCAUCUAAAACUUAGCUGAUGUGAUCAUACCCGACAAACUCUGCAGUCAACUUGAAUAUCUAUUAUGGGUAUAGCGUCUAGUAACUCACCAAGCUCAUUUCUAUCGAUAAUAUUCUUUGCAAAUAAGUAGAAUUGGGUUCGGAAGUGUUCAGAUAUUGGUGAUAUUUUUUUAAUUAAUACGUAUUUAUAAUUGUUUGUGAUUUAUUAAAGACUAUUGUAUGCAUAAA